UGCAGCCAGUCAGCGAGGUACAAAGAACUGGGCAUUCACCUUUAAAUCCGUCCAUUAAAAAAAAUACUUCUCCCUCUCAGCGCCAGCUUCAAUGGAUCCCACCUACCUGAGUGUAAAGGCGGACGACGACCAGCGGGCUUAAACUGACACCCCAGGUUAACAGGGGCUACAGUUUGACAGAGUCUGCUGCUUGCGAGACAGUGCUGAUGGGGGACGCGGGAGCUAGGCGCUCUACUCUGGUCUCCAGAUUACCCAUCUUCCGACGGAGCACUUCGAAAAGACGCGAUUCCCUUCCAUCUUCUCCAUCAUCUGUCACCAAUGGAGUCCACACCUCCUCUCCAUCCAGCACCAACUCCAGCUCCAGCAGUGUGGGCAAACGGAGGAGCAUCUUCCGCACUCCAUCCAUUGCCUUCCAUUCCAAAAAGACUCAGGAGCAUCGGGUGGAAGCCCGUGAUUCCAAUUUGAAUCUCCCUAAUGGUGUCCAGUGUCUGGAUGGGUCGAGUCGAAAGGAGAAUGCUGAUGAGAACAGCAAAACCAAGAUGCGCCAUUCAUUUGGGUUAAGUGUUACGCGGAGCAAAAGGAUCACCAGGUCGAUGACUGAGGACUUUGACAAAGGGAAGGACCCGUCUCACAACAAAAAUGUCUUCAUGAAUUGUAUUAGCUCUGGGAGAUCCAGCAUUGAUGAGGGGGAUGACUCUGGUUUCCCUGAUGACCAUAGCAAACAUUCCGUCAAGCACUCCAGCAGAAAACUACUUCCCAAAUCCUUUUCCACGCACUACAAGCUUUCGAAGAAUGUUGCACGGAGUCCGUCAGUAACACCGGCAGAUCAGCCCAAGGUGUCACCAGAAGCCAACCUGGAUACAUUAAGGCGACCUGUAAUUGAAGAGUCCUCAAAGUAUCUGCAGGUCGAGAACACAGAAGGUUCGUUGCAUUCACCUCUGCUUUCGAGCGACAAUACCACGAUACUAACCCCAUCAGAAUUUGUGCCAAUGUCCGCAGACUCGGUCUCUGAGGCUGAUAAGGAAAUAUUAGUCUCUGCUGAUCCGAAUCACGACAUUUCUUUGUUUGACACUGCUGUUGUCCCUACCUGUGUGGACUCUCCCAGCUUGUCUGCUCAAGUCGUGUCGUAUGCAGAAUGCAGCUUUCACGAAGAAACAGCACAGCUUUCAAGCCUGGAGGUCCUCGAAAUCCAAUCUCGCUAUUCCCAAGGAAUGCCUGAAACUGAAGGAAGUCCACGGAUGGUUGGCGGUUUGGAAUCAAAGGAAACGUGUGAUGUUGACACUCCGAAGCAAGUGAACAACCCUAUUGCUGAGGAAAUUGCUUCUGUUUCUCAUGAUAUGUUCUCAACUGACAAUGGAUUAGAGCUGAUGGAUCCUUCCACUGGGAAGACUUGUAUAUUAGCUAGCACUAACUCUGUCCCAAUGAUGAAGCAAGAGAAAUGCCACGGAACAUCUCAUUCAACAGUGACAAUGAACAGGAACUUCAGUCCCCGGCAUGAGGAGAAGUGGGUGGAGCGGCGUCUGCGGUCAUCCUCAGAGGGAACAUCUGGAAGCCGGAGACUCCAUGGUGUCAGAGACAGCCGGCCUGAGGAUUUGCCCGGUCUGAAGAAGCAGAGAGCUGGUUCCUCAUCGUCCAAGAUGAACAGUAUGGAUGUUUUAAACAAACUGGGAUCAUGUGACUUGGAUGAAGAUGAUCUAAUGCUGGAUUUGGAGUUCCUGGAAGACCAGCGUCACCAGUGUGAGAAUGUUGCUGCCAAACGUUUUGUGUGCCGGGAAGACUCGAAUCACUCCAUUAAAUCAUGCUUGGAAAUUCUACAUGUACCAGCAGAGCUGAAGGUGAAGCUUGAAGGACCAAAGCUUCCAGAGAAUCCAAAUGAGUCUGUGUUUACAAAGGAAGGUGAACAUGGGGAGCUUAGACCUGCUCGGAACAACCAAUGGCCUGGUGGGACAUCUUCAGACUGCUCCUUUCUGAGGGAGGAAGAGAGCGUUGGUGGUCUGGACCCAUUGUCGUUGCGACUCAUGAUGCAGGACUGUACAGCAGUAAAGACCAUGCUUCUCAAGCUAAAGAGAAUUCUACAGGAGAGUACAGAGAUGAGUCCUGCCAGCAGCACACAUUCACUUCCUGUCAGUCCAAUCACCGAGAUGCCGUUUCCUUUAAAGGACACUAAAGAUGAAAGCUCACUUCUGAGACUUCAGCUGAAGGAGAAAGAUGAACUGAUUUCACAACUCCGAGAGGAACUUGAUAGUUGUAGAAGUUUACAAAAGGAACGCUCCUCACAAGCAGAUAAGUCCACACAGACUGAGGUCCUUAGUCAUGACGUUUCACAUCUAAAUCGAACUGUGAACCUAACUUUCAACACAAGGGACAGAAGAUCAGUACCUAUACACACAGAGGACCCAUGUAAAUACUCAUCACCUGGGCAGGCAGCUGCCUGUGAGAUUAAGUCUUGUCAAGUUUCAAGCACCUUAACUGGACAGAAUCAGAAAUUGCAGGAAGCUGGACGAGCGUUCAAGUCACUCAAUGGCGGGGUGGAAAAUCCUUCAGUAGAACAGUCACAAAAUAUUCAGAGCAACGGAUCAUGCAGGAGUCCCUUGCAGAGUAAAGUCAAGGCUGUAGUCAAUGCAGAAGAAGUCUCAGAAUUGACAAAAAGUCGGAAGGAAAAGCUACCCCUUCCCAGGCAGCAGUCUGUAUUUGUCGGACGCCUUGGACAGCCUCCUCGUGGGCCUCUCUCCUUGCACAUGUACAGUAGAAAGAAUGUUUUUCUUCAGCACAGUCUAUACACCUCUGACCUGCAGGCUCUGGGUCAGAAAGAUGGCUAAAAACAACUGCUGGCCAGAGAACGAAGUACAAGUCUCAUAGCUGCUUCUGUAGAACUUCACCCAGGUACCAAGGGAGAAUGCACUUGGGAAACUCAUGAAGCCUUUCCACGCUGCUGCCUCCCACAUUUUCCAAGAUUUCACAGAUUUUUUUCAUUACUAUUUCUACCCAAAAAGAUAAAAAGCCAUUUUCCAUGGGAACCUUAAACUAACUGAGAUGAGGUUAUGAGUGGUAUAUUUCAUUUGCGAGAAAGGGAAAGAGAGCUGAAACAGUUGCAUUGAUUUUUUUAAGGAUACAGUACAGGGAUGAUGGCACAAAAGGUCUCUUUCUAUGCUGUAUGGUUCUCUGUGAUUGUGCUGGCCAGUGGAAUCUCAUUCCAUGUGUGCUAACACUAUACUAUUAGGCAGUCCCUGGCUGUAUCAUUUACAAGAAAUAGAAAUGAAUGUUUUAAUAGCUAAAAUGCAUUUGUAUGUGGAAACUUCUUACUUAUAGAAAAAAGAAAGCAUGUUAAAAAUUAACCUUGCAUUUUCUGGAUGUGGAUUUCACAAGAUGGCAUGCUUUGGUGAUGAGAAAUGUCAACUUAUUUUGUUACUAAAUCUUUUGAUUCAACAAGGCAAGAAGGUAUGUCUUUCGUGGAUUAUGAAUGAAAGGAUUGUUGUCACUGUCAAUGUGUCAGCUUUGUAUGGCGCAGGACAUUGAAAGGAGAAGUAUUUCCUCCAGUUAAAGCCAUUUCCCUGAAGUUUCAUGUUCCAUUUUCAACCCGGUGACUUUUAUUGGGGACAAGAUUAAAAAAAGAAAGCUAUUUAUGUUUCAUACCGUGAAAAUGAGGCUGAAAAUGUGUAGGAGUUUUCUUUAAUUGAAUGACACAGUGCUGAAAAUAACAGUUGAAAAGAUAUGAAUUGCUCAUUUUUUUUCUAAAACAAGCAUUGAAAUGGCUCAAAAAUUGAAUUACCGAAAAGUGAUUUUGUUUUUAUGUUUGUUAAGACAGCCGUGCUUUAUGUGCCUUUACUUGUCUUUCCUAUUUUAUGUCCACUAGAACUAAGGAAAAUUCUUACAGUAUGUCCAUCAUUAUCAAUCGAUAUACAUUGAGUUUGAACUGAAUGAGGAAGCUGUCUCUGGAAUAGAUAGCUGGAAUUGCGUAAAUGUACUGUGUUCCAGCAUUCUCCAAUCCCCCACCUACAUUAAUCUGAAAAGAAGUUAUAUGGGAAAAUGAAUUAUGGUUAAGUUCAAGGUCAAAUCAGCAUUGAUCUUAUUUAGUAGCAAAACAGGCUCAAGGCAUUAUGUUGUCUAUUCUUCAUUCCAUCCCUUACAUUCUUACAUCUCAUCCUACAAUUAACUGUGCUCUGAUCUCUCUUCCUCGUCUCAUUCUACAAGUCUUAGAGCAAUACAGCAUGAAAAUUCCCUUCAAUCCAUACCAAUCAAGAUGUCAAUCUGAGCUAGUCCCAUUUUUCCCCAUUUGGCCAAUAGUUCUCCAUAACUUUCUUAUCCAUGUCCCUGCCCAAGUGUAUUUUAAACAUUGUAAUUAUACUGGCCUCUACAACUUCCUCUGGCUGCUCAUUACUAUACUCUGUGUGAAAAACCCUGCCCUUCAGAUCCUUGUAAAAUUUCUUCUCUCUCAUCUUAAAACUAGUUUCAGACUCCCCUAUCUUGGGAUAAAGAAAUCGAUGAUAAUUUCUUCUUUGAUUUUCCACAGAAAUAUAUUGAAUUUAUUAUGCUUGUAAGUAGAUUCUUUUCUGUUUUUGCUUCCUUAACAAACCUAGUCUAACACUCUCUGGUAGUUCAGUGACAACCAAUUCCAGGAAGCUUACACAUUACUAUCCAUUGCUUUCUACCACAAACAGGUGUUAAGGCAAGUCUAGGGAACGCUUCCUUCCACCAUGGUCCCGAAAUGAAUAUUCUCUGCUCAGAGAGAUGUUCUCUGAUCCACAGUUCUCACAUUUGUUUUGAAUUUGAUGACUCCCAUUCACCUCCAAUUAACACAAAUGGCUUACUUUUUGUAUACCUGUCUCAUUUCAUAACUGUAAACACUUUCAUCCCAUUAUCUCAGACCGUGGGUUGAAUAACCCCAUACAUUUUUUACCAUCCGGUAACUUCUCAGUCAAUCUCUGCAGUACCCCCUGAGGUUUUAUAUCUUUCUAAACUAUAGAGCAUAAGCAAACUGAGAUCUAGUCCUGAUGAGGGCUCUCAUCAAAGGACUUUAAUCCCUAAAGUCUUGAUGUAGGGUCUCUGCCUAAAGUGAUGAAUCCUUAUUCCUUUCCAUAGAUGCUGCUUGACCCGCUGAGUUCCUCCAGCAUUUUGUGUGUGUGUUUUACUCUGGAUUUCCAGCAUCUGAAGAAUGCCUUGUGUCUAAAAUCUUUUUCUGAUAUUUUGUGUGACCUGACAUUACAACAUGUCUUUUAUAUUUUAUAUCUUUUAUAAUAAAAUGAAACAUUUACUGAUUUUCUUUACAGUCUUAUCAACAAAAAGUGUUACCUUUUUGACCACCACUCCAAAUAUUAUUUAAAAACACAAACGACAGGAAUUCUGCAGAUGC